CACAACUUGACAAGGUCAAUAAUGCCAAAAACAAGAAUUAUUUUAUUGAAGUUACAACACAUUCUGCAAAUCUUCAUCACUGAUACAUGUUUGUAAGUAAAAUAUUAAUUGCAACUUUAUUUUUUAAAUUUGAUUGUCAUCGUUUUGAUUCUAAAUUAAUUUUUAAUUAAUUUUUUUUACUAUCGUAGGUAAAUGGCAUUUAGUCAGUUGUGGUACCACGUUAAACGUAACUUUUUUUCUGUUACAUUUCCAAUUGCUUCAUUUUCAGCUAUUUACGCUGAUUACACACACACAAAAGCCUGGAAAAAAAUAAAAAAUCAAAAAGUUUAAAGUAAGGAAUUUAAAAUUAUAGCUAAUAAUGGACAACUGAUAUUUAGAUGAUGUUAAUAGUUUAAUUUAACAACAUCUUAAAAAAAAUCAAAUGUUUUACUUAGCUUAGAUAAAUUUAUUAUAUGAGUAACAAUAAACUUAUUUAUUGAGAAAAAAAAUAUAUUUUUACAUUGUGCACGAUGCCACAACAGUAUUUGUAGUUGAUCGACUCUUAAUACGUUUAUAUAAUCAUGAAUAUUUCUUACUAACAGUUAAUUUAAUUUCACAAUGUAAUAAAUGUAAAAAAAAAAAAAAAAAACAUUUGUGUAAUAUAAAACAAAAAUAAGACUUGAAGUGUUAUAAAAGUUAAUUGUAUAUACAUUCAGUUUUGAUUGAAAAAGUCAUCAUCGGGUUACAAAAUAAAUUUAUUUUUAAAUUUGAUUCAUAUAUAAUAUAUUUUCAUGUUUUAUUAAUAAAUAUUGUUCUAUUUUAAAUUUUGAAGAAGCUUAUGAUUUUACAAAGAUGUUCAUUUUUUUUUUUUAUCUGAGCACAACUUUUAUACCUGAAGACUUGCUCAGAUUUCUACAUGUAGUACCUUUUCUAAAAUGAAAUUUCACUAAAGAGGUCAUUUUUCGAUUUUCUCAGGAGUCUUCCCAUCAAAAUUGAAAAACCAGGAUAAAACAUGGGUUAAUUGAGAAAAUUGGUACAAUAUUAAUUAAAUUUUAUCUUUUUUUUUUUUUAGUUAGCAGCCGUGGGGCUGGUUUGUUGCAACUCUCCAUUCUUUCCGAUUUUAUCGAAAUUUUAUCGAAGAAAAUAUUUAAAGCUUAUUUAAUUUUUUUUUACUAGAAAAUGACACAUAUAUUAUUAGCAUAACAUUACUAUUAAAUGAAUUCUGCUCAGAAUCGUUUUUUUCACAAGCAUUGGUUUAUUGUUGCUUACAGAUUAAAUUUCCAUCUAUUUCCUAUUUUCCUAAUUUCCCAUCUACAUCAGUGGUUGCACCCAUCCUCAUUAUCUUAUCUUUCUUUUUAAAUAUUAUUCUGUAAAACAAUUUUUAUUUUUUUUUAAAUUUAAUUUGUUUAAUAUUUUAUGUAGGUAUAUUAUACAUUUGUUUUUCAUUUUUAGAAUUAUUCUACCAUGGCUGCCAAACAUGCUUUAUUUGGAUUAACCUGGGACUAUUUCAUUGUAGCUAUUCCAAUAACAAUUGGAGGUUUAUUUGGCAAAUUUUUAGAUGAUAAAGAAACAGAAAGAAUGACCUUAUUUAGAGAUAAGAGCGCUUUAUAUGGUGGAAUGGUAAAGGAAGGUGAAAAACCAUCUUGGCCAUAAAUGUAUUAAGCUUAAGCUGAAACUAUUAGUUUGUGUUAUUUAAAUUUGUAUAAAUAAAUUAUUCAUUUAAAAAUGUAUUUUGGUUCAUUACAGUUUAUAUUAAAUAAUUAAUAAACCAACAAUUAUGACAGUUUGAUACUUAUUAUAAAAAAAUAAAUUGUAGUUUUUCCAUGUAGAUAUAAUUUAGUGAUUUAAUGUUUGCAAAAUUCUGUUUUAUGUCACUAUUUAAUAAAACAAAUAUAAAUAUGAGUAACAUUGAUUUGCAGUUCAUAUUGUAUACAGUACAAAUAACAAUUUAUUUACUAAGUAAACUUUUUGGUAUCACAGAUUGUGGCGGGUUAAUUAAACUAAAUUUAAUAAAAAUUAUAAAAUGGUUUUAAAAUUCUAUUAAAAUUAUAAUUGAGUUGACUAAUUUUAUUUUAGAAAAUGUUCCAACAUUGCUAUUUACACUCUGAAUCUAACAAUAAUAUUUGGUUGAAUGAUAUUAAAAAUUAUUAUAUACUUAAAUAUCAUAAUAAUUAAUGGUCUAAUUCCCCAACAUAACAUUUAGAAGUUCCUAAAUCUUUAAUUUCUAAAUGUGACUUUAAUAAUUUGUGUUUUAACCACAAUUAUUGUGAUUAUGUUCCCCUACCCUCUAAUAAUUCCCUCUAACUCAUUAUCCAAUAGCCAAUGGCCAUAUUUAUCUAUUGAAAUUCUAGUUCUAUUAUGUUAAAUAUAAUUAUAAUAUUUUAUAUAUAUAAUAUAUUAAAUCAAAUUUUUCAAAUACCAUUUUGUGUUAAAUUUAAUUAGCUUUUUAAUACAUACAUUUACAGAGUGUAUGUUAUAAUAGGUGUUAUUUAAUUAUAAUUUCAUAGAUUUAACAAUUUUCAACUCAAUUUACAUAUUUAAUAUAUAGCUAUUAGUUGUAACAUUAUGGCAGUAUACAAAUUAAUAAAUGUACAUUGAAUAUUAUUUAUAUGUCGUAGACUAUGGAAAAUCAGUAUUUUUGUAAAAAAAACUGGGCUCAUUGCUAAGGGGUAUCCCCUUUGCGAACUACUUAAUAUUUUUUCAGACGACUAGCUGUUUACUAUUUUAGCGACAUGAACAUCUUAAAUUAUAUACUAUGGAUAGAGCUAAUGACUAAAUAUUUGAAGCAAAUAUAACGAAGGGAAGUUGUGAAAAAUGUUCAUUUGCACUAUUUAAUAAUAAUGUAUUGAUAUCUUCAACCCCUAGUACAUGUUUAUUAUGCAGUAGAUCUAUCCAUUACAGAUAUGGAUAAUAAACUAGAUAGCUAACUAGUAUACAUUUACAAGCAGGCUAGGUGAUACCACUUUUCAACCAUAUUGGUUGAAAGCUAUGGUAUUUUAUAAAUUUGUAUAUUGUAAUUAUACUCGGAUAAAUUUGAUCCUAAUUCAUAAACUCGGAAAUAUUUUCAAUAAAAAUAAAUGUAAUUAUUCAUAUAUUAUAUCAUAUUUAUUAUUUAUAAUAUCUGGUUGUUGUACAAAAUCAUUAUUAGUGAAAUAAAUAUUACAUAUCCUGUGAUACAGUGGCAUAUUUAGAAUUUUUUUUUUUCGCGGAGGGGGUUGAAGAAAUAUAACAAAUGAAAUUAUUUUGAAUUUUAUGUGCAUUAUAAUCAUACAUUUAACAUUUUAUUUCUAAUUUACACCGCUAAUUAUAUAAAUAUUGAAAUAUUUAUCUUUUUUAAAAAUUAUUAAUGUAUAUUAAUUUUUCAUUUUGAUGUUUUAGCAAGUUCAUCUAUAACAUUAUUGAUAUUCACAUUGAUAUCUAAUGAAUAUAUUUUAGUAAGGCUAAACCAUUUAAAUGUUUUUGUGCCGAAGAAUUUCUCAAAUAUGUUUUCAAAUGACAGAGUGUUGAAAACAAUUGUUCUCCCAUGGCAGUAGACACUGCAAGUGUUAUAAAUAUUUGAAGAAGUUUAGAUAUUACUAGAUAAAAAUUUGGAC